AUGGCGACCGCUGAGAAAGAGUCAGAGCAGCGUCAACCGGACGAACAGUACCAAGCUGUCGAGCCGCAAUCGGCCAAAGUCACUCCCGCUGAACCAUCCAAAACCGAGCCUGCUGUCCGCUUCAAGUCAACUGUCGAAGAGAUCACCCCAGAGGGCACCACAUCGACACCAACCAUUGCACCAGACGUCACCCUCGGCGAACCGGGUGAGGUCACCCCCGAGCAGCUUCGUGAUAUCGCCGAGAGGUUGAAGGCCUGUCCGCUGCAGGAGCGAAGGAUAAGCCUUUUCCAGUACGAGGCAUUCUCGCUUCCCGCUUCAAGGACACCUUCCCACGAAGAUGAAUCAAGAGCUCCCAGUCGCGAACAUACACGGAGCUCGGCAGGUCGCAACUCACCGCUUCUUACUCCGCACGUCAGGGGCCACGAAAUGCAUACACCUCCUCUCACGCCGGCUGGAACCGACAACGUCGACCGAGAACUUCGCCGCGAGAGCGCUCUGGCGCAAGAAAGGCGGAGUGCCAACCUCAUCACUCCUCAGGAUUCUUCCCACGAACCGACAUCACCUACCUCUCUCCGCAAUGUCCAGCUGCCUACACCCGACGAACAGCUGCGGAGCUCUUCCAGGCCGACUUCGAUAGAUGGCCGAGAUCGUCCCCAGAUCACUAUCGGUGAACAUCGCAGAGGGUUGUUUUCCGUUGGAUCCGGCGGCAGCAGUUCUCCCAGUAGAUCUCAGCCUGCGUCUCGUGAAUCCAGUCCCUCCCGAGCGUUGGCCGCGUCACAGUUCUACACCCGCCAACUACCACCUCCCGGCGAUGCCAACGAUCCGUACUCGGCAAGCAAACGACCUGCGCAAAAAGGCAUUGAGCCUCGCUUUAUCUUCUCCAGGAAAAAGAACUCGUCCUCUUUGAGUCUGGUAUCCAAAAGCGACAAACGCUCCAAGAAGGAUCGCCAUGACAACGACGACGAGGCUACGAUCCCCAGCAGAAAUAGCUCAAUGGCGGACCUGAAGAGGUUCUUCAAGCUGGGACCUCACAAGAACAAGAGACCGGCAUCUCCCGCUGCUUCUGUAAAGUCUACGCCCAAGACACCGGGAGGCAAGUCUGCCCAGAUUCCGUUCGGUGACGAUCACGGUCUCUCUUCUAAAUACGGGAAGCUUGGCAAGGUGUUGGGUGCCGGAGCGGGAGGUUCCGUGAGACUCAUGAAGCGCAGCGAAGACGGUGUGGUCUUUGCCGUUAAGGAAUUCCGCCCUCGCCACUCGUACGAAACCGAGCGCGAAUAUGUCAAGAAGCUUACGGCCGAGUAUUGCAUGGGAUCUUCUUUGCACCAUGGCAACAUUAUUGAAACCCUAGACAUUGUCCAGGAGAAGGGCAAGUGGUAUGAGGUGAUGGAGUACGCUCCAUAUGACCUGUUCGCCAUUGUCAUGACAGGAAAGAUGUCUCGAGAAGAGGUCAGCUGCUGCUUCCUUCAGAUCUUGAGUGGCGUAACAUACCUUCACAGCAUGGGCCUCGCACAUCGGGAUCUGAAGCUUGACAACGUUGUGGUUAGCGAGCAUGGUAUUAUGAAGAUUAUCGAUUUUGGUAGUGCUCAUGUUUUCCGGUAUCCGUUUGAGACUGGAAUUGUCCAUGCCUCAGGCAUUGUUGGAUCCGACCCAUAUCUUGCCCCCGAAGUGUACGACGAAAAGAAGUACGAUCCCGAGGCUGUUGAUAUCUGGUCAUUGGCCAUCAUCUACUGCUGCAUGACACUCCGACGAUUCCCGUGGAAGGUUCCACGAUUGACCGACAACUCGUUCAAGCUAUUCGCUGCAGAGCCUUCGUUCGGACAUGACCCAAAGAAACUGUUGCUUCCACCUUCAGCCUCCACGUCGGCGCUUAGCGAUCUUCCAUACAGAGACUACGACCCUCAGAGCGUCAGGGCUAGCAGCGACAAGAUCGACAAGGUUCAAGAUGACAAGAAGACGACUUCGGAUCACAAGCCGACGGCGCAUACAACCAGCGUACAAGGAGAAGCUGGCAGCACUGGAGAGAAGAAGGAGGUUAUCCGUGGUCCUUGGAGAAUCCUCAGGCUUCUCCCGAGGGAAAGCAGACACGUCAUCGGCAGGAUGCUCGAUCUGGAUCCCAAGACACGGGCCAAGAUGACGGAAAUUCUUGACGAUCCAUGGGUGGCGAACACCGUCAUCUGCCGGCAGAUCGGCCCCGGCAACGUGGCACAUGCGGAUGAUCACGUUCAUACUCUCGAACCCCCAUCAGCACCUGCAGGCACCAAAGAUGAAAAGGCCAAACGCUAGAAGUGGAGCCUUCGCGCCAAUAGACAUAUUCAAAUACAGGACGGCUUCUUAGGGGUACAGGAUGCCACCAACAUUUGGGUUAGGAACAAGAAGGGUUAUCUGAUGGGGAGUUGUGGGGGAUAGUUUGGGUUUAGUAUUGAAAAGACCGAACAUACGUUCUUAGUGCAGUAUAUGGGCAUUGUUACCAUUUUCCUCUCAGUCGGUGUCUGUCACCUUGCGAGGCAGCGGUUUUUCGUCAUUUUCUUGGGCGUUUUUGGGACUUGGGAAGACAGCGCUGCGAUUGGGUUUGGGUGUCGAUGCAAAGAUUCAGUAUAGGGGGGCCGGGUUCCAGGCAUACAGCGUCCAUCUUUUUGAUUAUGCUACUCUCUGGUAAAAGAUAGAAGGUGGUAUGGCUAGGCUAGACAUAUUGUGGGAGACGGGCACUAAACAAUGUUGAGUGUAUAAAGGUCGCUCGCUUUAUAAUUA